AUGGACAAGACGUUCCAGGUAUCGGACCGUGAGGCCACCGCUGCCAGCGGAUCGGACAAGGCCCCCAACAGCCACUCGGAAAAGGACGUCUUCGGCACGACGACGGGCACGGCCGACGACGUCGAGAAUGGACAUCUGGCAGAGCUGGAGGUGGACCUGUCGCGCGUGAUUGCGGCAGACGAGACGGAGGGCGACUGGGACGCGGACACGAGCCCGUUCCAAUCGGUGCGCGCCGUGGUGCCCGAGACAGACGACCCGGACAUGCCGGUGAACACGUUCCGGGCCUGGCUUUUGGGAGUCGUCUUUGUCAUGAUCGGUUCCGGCGUCAACCAGUUCUUCAGCCUGCGCUAUCCCGGCGUGCAUAUCGUCGCACUCGUGGCCGAGCUGCUGGCCUUCCCCAUCGGCGUCCUGAUGGCCAAGACGCUCCCGAUCGGCCGGCUCAACCCCGAUCGCCACUUCAACAUCAAGGAGCACGCCAUGGUGACCAUCAUGAGCAACGCCUCCUUCGGCUUCGGCUCGGCCGACGCCACCAACCUCAUCCAGGCCGCUCGCUUCUACGGCUUCAAGCUUCCCACUGGCCUCGCUGUCAUGGCCGUCAUCUGCUGUCAGUUCCUUGGCUACGGCAUCGCCGGCCUCUGCACGCCCUGGCUCGUCCAGCCGGCCUCCAUGAUCUGGCCCGGAACCCUCAGCAAUGUCGCCCUGCUGUCAUCACUGCACUCGCGCGCCAACGUCCUCGCCGACGGCUGGCGCAUCAGCCGUCUGCGAUUUUUCUUCGUCGUCGGCGGCUGUGCCUUUGUGUGGUAUUGGUUCCCAGGAUUGAUCUUUACGGGCCUGAGCUACUUUACAUGCUGGAUCGUGCCCAAGAAUGUCGCGGUCAACCAGGUGUUUGGAAUGGUCACCGGUCUCGGCCUGUUCCCGCUCACGUUUGACUGGUCGAUGAUCAGCUACAACACGAACCCGCUUCUGAGCCCGCACUGGGCAGCGCUGAACGUCUUUCUCGGCUUUGCCAUCUUCUUCUGGAUCGUCACGCCGGCCAUCUACUACACCAACACAUGGUACACGGCUUACCUGCCGUUGUGUACGGCCGAUGUGUACGACCGGUACGGCGAAGUGUACAACUCGUCCAUGGUGAUCACGGGCCAGGAGUUUGACAAGGUCAAGUACGAGGCCUACUCGCCGCCGUACCUGCCGGCGACGUUUGCGUUUGUGUAUGGGCUCUCGUUUGCGUCCAUCACGUCGGUGCUGUCGCACGUCUACUUCUUCCACUGGGACGAGCUCAAGCACGCGCUGUACGGUACCCUCAAGCUGGACGUGCACGCGCGCCUGAUGAAGGCUUACCGUCGCGUGCCUGUCUACUGGUGGGUGGCCAUUAUCCUGGUCAUCCUGGGCAUGUCCAUUGCCAUGACCGAGCACUACCACACCGGACUGCCCGUCUACGGCAUCUUCCUGGCCUUUAUCAUUCCGGCACUAUACAUGAUUCCUUGUGGAAUGAUCCAGGGCGUCACCAACGUCGACGCCAACCAGGUCAACGUGCUGUCCGAGUUCAUCGGCGGCUACAUGUUCCAGGGCAAGCCGAUUGCCAACAUCCUCUUCAAGACGCUCUCGACCGAUGUUGUCGGCCAGGGCCUGUACUUUGCCGCCGACAUGAAGCUGGCGCACUACCUCAAGAUCGCGCCCCGCACGCUCUUCUUCUCGCAGGGCAUCGCUACUAUCCUGGGUGCGCUUACGCAGACAGGCGUGACGCUCUGGAUGCUCGGCCACAUCAACGGCAUUUGCGACUCCGACCAGCCGAACGGCUUCACCUGUCCGACCGGCCGCACCGUCUGGUCGUCGUCGGUCAUCUGGGGCCUUGUCGGCCCCGGCAGGCUCUACUCCGUCGGCCGCAUCUACGCCGGCCUGCUGCACUUCUUCUGGAUCGGCCUCGUGCUGCCGCCCAUCACCUGGUUCGUCUGGAAGAAGACCAAGAUCGAUUGGGUCAGCAAGAUCAACUGGCCGCUCAUCUUUGUCGGCACCUACAACGUGCCGCCGGCCACCGGCAUCAACUACAGCAGCUGGUACAUUGUCAACGUCAUCUUCAACAAGAUCAUCUACAAGCGCUUCCACGCCUGGUGGACCAAGUACAACUACGUCAUGGCAGCCGCCCUGGACACCGGCCUCGCCUUGUCCGGCAUCGUCAUCUUCUUUGCCGUCACUUACGGGCCCAACGUGCAGUUCCCCGACUGGUGGGGAAACACAGUAUGGCAGAACACGGCAGACGGCCUUGGAGCCACGUGGAAGGCAAUGCCGGAUGUCGGUUACUUUGGGCCGGCAAACGGGACGUGGACGUAA